GGUUUUCCUUCUCCAGCUUAUCAUUCUUCAUUAGAGAAGCUUGAAGCUCCUUCACCAGACGCAUGAGAUCCGAAUCAUCUUCUCCAUUUGACUAAGUUAGAAGAUCCUCUGGGUCCGCAAAUAAGUCACAGCCCAGCCAUGGAUCGAUCACUCUUAAACACACACGCUAAACUCGUGGCGCGUGACAUCCACUGCCUGACACAGUCGCAUACAGAACCCAACUCUUUCUCCCUAAUUGGCGGCAGCGCGUCCGUCUCACGCGUAGAGACAGUGGGCACAAUCGUCUCUCGCGACCUGACCCCAAAGUUCCUCAAGUUCGAUGUGGACGAUGGCACCGGCUGCGUCACGUGCAUCCUCUGGCUGAACCAGCUCUCGUCUUCUUACUUCUCCCGGUGGGAUCCAGCCACGAUUCUGCUCCUCGCAAGGGCUGCGCGGAAACAAGCCGCAAAUAUCAGAAUCGGAGCCGUGGCUCGUGUUCGCGGUCGCGUUGGCUCGUAUAGAGGAGUGAUGCAGAUCACGGCUACUGUUGUGGUGGUCGAGAGAGACCCGAACGCGGAGAUCUUGCACUGGUUGGAGUGUUUAAGGCUCGGUCCAAGUUAUCGUAUUCAAAGUUAAUUAACUCUUUUUUUUUCGGUUCAAGUCAAGAGAGAUCAUUACAAGUGUCAACCCUAACUCAUGAAUCAACCAAUUUGGAAGGAGAGUUCCUAUUUCAAAGUGUGAGCAUACGUCACAAACUGAUUACCAUGUAUAAUUCGCUUAUUAAAUAGUAUUGCGUUUGCAUUAGGAUAAGGUUCUACAUUAAUAUAUGCAUAUGCAGUCAAUUAUAUGAUACAAUACUUCUCUAAAUUAUCAAUGACUCUUA